AUGGGAGGCUGGAGUAGGUUCUUCCUCUGCUGGCUCCUUUCAUUCACCUGCAGUCUUGGAAUGAAGCUGUUCCCUGAACAAUGGCCCGGCGAGGGUGUAAGGCAGAGUGACUUCCCGGAGCAGGAAAUGCCAGCGACUGUGAUGCCGGGGAGUCCGGUCCAGCUGAACGGUGUGACCCUGGAGUCUGAACACCCGCAGUCCGUGAGCCAGCCCCAACCUGCCUUCCAGAUCCAGCCCGUGACCCCGGACCCUGCCCCCUGCCAGCCCAGGGAGACGUGGGGUGGGAAGUACGAGUUCCUGCUCUCCUGCAUCGGGUAUUGCGUGGGGCUGGGCAACGUCUGGCGCUUCCCCUAUCUCUGCUACCGCAAUGGAGGAGGGGUCUUCCUGAUCCCCUACUUCGUCAUGCUGCUCUUCACCGGCCUGCCCCUGUUCCUGCUGGAGCUCAGCCUCGGCCAGUACGGCGCUGCAGGGCCCAUCACCGUCUGGAAGUGCUGCCCCCUGCUGAAAGGGAUCGGUGUGGGCAUGCUGCUCGUCUCCUCGCUGGUGUCGCUCUAUUAUAACGUCAUCAUCGCCUGGACUUUCUACUACCUGGGCAUGUCCUUCCAGAGCCCCCUGCCCUGGUCUUGCAACGCUCCGCAGAACGCCCCCCUCUGCCAGAACACAUCAGGAAAUUCCAGUCGGUUCAGUGCCAGCGAGGCCUUCUGGAACGAGCAGGUGCUGGGGGUGACGCACAGCUCUGGCCUCCACGACCCGGGCCCGGUGAGGUGGCCGCUCGCCAUAUGCUUGUUGGUCGCCUGGAUCGUCAUCUUCCUGUGCAUGUUAAAGGGGAUCCGCAGCUCCGGCAAGGUGGUGUAUUUCACAGCGACGUUCCCAUACCUGGUCCUCAUCGUGCUCAUCAUCCGAGGAGCCACGCUGGAAGGAUCCAUCGAGGGCGUUCGCUUCUACCUCUCCUCGGACUGGAGCAGGCUACAGAGCGCUCAGGUGUGGAACGACGCUGCCUCACAGAUCUUCUACUCACUGGGCAUUGGCUUCGGGGGGCUGCUCUCCAUGGCCUCCUACAACAAGUUUGACAACAACGUGAUCAGGGACACCCUGGUUAUUGCCAUCGGGAACUGCUGCACCAGCUUCUUCGCUGGAUUCGCCAUCUUCUCCAUCCUGGGCCACAUGGCGUGGAGGAAGAAAGUGCCGGUGGGGGAGGUGGCCGAUUCAGGUCCUGGGCUUGCCUUCGUGGCCUACCCAGAAGCCCUUGCUCUGCUGCCAGGCUCUGCCUUCUGGUCGGUCCUGUUCUUCCUGAUGAUGUUCACGCUGGGAGUGGAUACUCUGUUCGGGAACAUGGAGGGCAUCACCACGGCCGUGCUGGACGAGUUCCCGGCCCUGCGCGAGUGGAGACGGAAAACCCUCUUCCUGGGCACACUGUGCUUCACCUUCUACCUGCUGGGCCUGCUGCUCAUCACCGAGGGCGGCAUUUACUGGUUCACCCUCAUCGACGCCUACAGCACCAGCUUCGGUCUCAUCAUCAUCACCCUCUUCAUGUGCAUUGGCAUUGCCUUCUUCUACGGAGUGAACCAGUUCUGCCGGGACAUUGUUGACAUGAUCUGCCGGUGCCCGCCCUGGUGCAGCAAGGUGGUGCUGUACUUCAAGGCAUGCUGGGUAUUCAUCACGCCGUGCCUGCUGCUGUUCAUCCUCUUCUACAUCUUCCUGGAGAUGUACACCACGACCCUGCACUACGGCGCCUACGCCUACCCGCGCUGGGGCAAGGCCCUGGGCGUGUGCAUGGGCACCGUGACCUGCAUCCAGAUCCCGCUCUGGGCGCUCGUGGCCAUCUGCAGGGAGUCGGGGACGCUGACGGACCGGUUCCGGAAAGCCAUCCACCCCCUGAACUCCUGGCGCACGGCGACCACCCACGUCGAGGUCAUCGACGUCCCCUACACCAUCAACCUGGUGGACAGCGACUUCGGCAGCCCGCCCCAGGGGAGCAGCGAGGCCUGA